AGCCGGCCUAGGAGUGUGUAUGCAACCAGUGCCCGUCUGACUCCCUUUGGCCGGUUGUACUAUUUUGCCAGCUUUAAUCUUAAUGGCACCGUAGGAUCUGCUUGGAGAUUAUUACUCAACCUGCCUUGGGGGCAAGUUUUGUCACUCUUGUACGACCAGAUUUCAUUUCGGCUACGUUUUCCGUGACGCGCAUCCAUUUCCGUGAGCUGUUCAUUUGUAUAAAAGAGCGUUUCAUAAGAGUGAGGUACAGAUUCGCGCUAACGAUGAGCUCGGACAAACUCCUCGGGCAAAGGUGCUCCGGCUCCCGCCGGGAUCGCUCCCAGUUGUCGGUCGGUUCCCUUGUUGUGGUCUUGUCCGUGGGACUUGCAACCGUCGUCUGCGUGGUGGUUAUUUUGGAGCUGAACAAAUCAAACUCGGAGCUGUACAAGGUAAACUCGGAGCUCACGUCUCUGAAGAUAGAUUUUGCCUCGCUGAAGGCCAGACUGGAAGCGGAGAAGGGUGCAGGAAGUUUGGAAACAGCAUUUAGGGAGCGACUGGCCGUGGUCGAGACCAGGAUUCAAGAUGGCGUGUAUUUGUCAGGCUGGGAGGGGAAUCCGAAGCCAAACGUCCAGACUGACAUCGCCUCAUCGUCAGAAAAGAACAGUACGGAAGGGAACAAUGCCUUGUCCGAAGCAAACCACCCUCGGUACAGGCAGAAGAGAUCGGCAAAUUCAUUGACCCUACCAGUCGGAGGCUGUGCCCAAGGCCCUGCCGGCAGAGAUGGACGAGACGGCAGAGACGGGCUGCCCGGCCGGGACGGAGCUCCGGGGGUUUCCGGAGAAACUGGUCCGCCAGGUCCUCCUGGGCCUCCGGGUCCUGUGGUCAAUUCUAGCCUGGUAACCAUACUACUAGGAACUAGCGUGCUAUAAUUCGAAAGACCAGCUAAAUGUACGGUAGGUGGAGAAUGGUUGCCAGACUAAUUGUAAAAUAUAUUAAAAAUAUAUCUGGACUGGAAAGAUAGUUGUAACCGGCUGCAGAUUUUGGAAUCAUGCUUAGACUAUAUAGCUAGUGACGAUUUGAAAACGUUCUAGUACUUUUAAAUGGCGCGGAUUUGUUUUAUAUUUACCCACACGCACGCACACG